CGCUGCCCGGUUGCUGCCAGGGCUUCCUGUUGGGGAAAUGGCGGCCUUGGAGAGAGUGAAGGUGCUGGUUUUGGGGGACUCAGGUGUGGGGAAGUCCUCUCUCGUUCACUUGCUGUGCCACAAUCAAAUGUUGGGAAACCCAUCUUGGACUGUGGGCUGCUCGGUAGACGUUCGAAUCCACGACUACAGAGAAGGAACUCCAGAAGAGAAGACUUACUACAUAGAAUUGUGGGAUGUUGGCGGAUCAGUGGGCAGCGCCAGGAGUGUGAAAAGCACCCGGGUUGUGUUCUACAAUUCAGUUAAUGGCAUCAUUUUAGUACACGACUUAACCAACAAGAAGUCCUCCCAGAACUUGUACCGGUGGUCUUUGGAAGCUCUCAACAGGGACGCAGCCCCCUCUGGAGUCCUGGUGACAAACGGGGAUUACGACCGGGAGCAGUUUGCUGAUAACCAGAUCCCCCUGCUCGUCAUAGGGACCAAACUGGACCAGAUCCCAGAGGCGAAACGCAACGACGUCUUGACCAGAACAGCCUUUCUGGCUGAGGAUUUUGGCGCGGAAGAAAUUAACCUAGAUUGCACCACCCCGCGCUACUUGGCAGCCGGCUCCUCCAAUGCCGUGAAACUCAGUAGGUUUUUCGAUAAGGUCAUAGAGAAGAGAUACUUCCUACGAGAUGGAAACCAGAUUCCCGGCUUCUCGGACAGAAAGCGAUUUGGAGGGGGACUCGUGAAGAGCCUUCACUAUGACUGACCAUCGCUGGCUGCAAAGAGGCUGUGGGAAAUAAGUUACCUUGCUUUCUAAGACAACAUUUCUGCCUCUUCAACUGACGAUUGGGCUAAGCAAAAUCGAGAUUCUUCAGCUCGCAAAUGAUCAAGACCGUUCAAACACAAGGGCUUGGAAAUACAAGACUUCUUGGCCGUAGUGCAAAAAAUCCACCUGUGUAUCCGGCGCUGUAUGUUCUCACACAAGAGAGAAGCCUGUUUUCCUCACAACUGGAAAGAUUUAUGAAUCCAUAGCCCACCAUAGCCGACUGAUGCUGCUGAGACUAAAACCCACCCAGGAAUCAGAGAUUUGCAGAGAACGAAAACAUCAGCACUGUCGUUUAAUAGUUGAGGCUGUGCCACUGAUUGUAAUGGAAUCCUGCCUUUGAAAUGGCUGUGAUUAAUAAAGAAUUGCUCAAAAACACCUGGGGGAAAUGGGAAGCCAUCU